CUCGUGGAUACCUGUGUGCUAUUUCGCAGAAACCAAACCAAAACCACCGGACGCGGCAACCACCUGGAGAUAGGCAGAUGGGGUAAGCGGGAAGCCUGCAAUUACCUGUACUUAGGUUGGCAUGCAUGGGGGAGACUGCUUCCGAGAACCUCCAUGGACUCACGCAUCCCCCUUAUAUAAUAACCAACUACCUCCCUCUCCAUCACCCAUCAACCACAACCAUUGUCAGAUCUUCAAUCUUCACCAUGAUCUCCCAGGACACUUCCAAUUCGGGCUCAGACAAGGGCUCCUCCAUGCAGCUCCAGGACUUCCUGCCGUUGAUGGCGAGGAAGCUCGGGGCGGAGGGACUGAUUCAGGAGCUCUGCAAAGGGUUCCAGCUUCUCAUGGAACCCAGGACAGGCAAGAUCACCUUCCAGAGCCUGAAGCAGAAUGUGGCCAGGCUCGGGCUUGGAGAACUCCGUGACGAUGAGCUCCUGGAGAUGGUGAGGGAAGGGGAUCUGGACGAGGAUGGGGCACUGGAUCAUAUGGAGUUCUGCAUUCUCAUGGUCAGACUGAGCCCUGAGCUGAUGGAAGAAGAGGCACACAGGAUGUUUCAAUAUUGAUGUAAUUUGGUCCUUGUUACUUAGUAGUUAGUACAACAGAAUACAGUGAUCUUUAAUGUCGAUUUGGUCCAA